AUGGCAACGACAGUGACCUCCCCGCAGACACUGCGCUCCAUCUACCUCGAGGACAGGUCCGCACGCGCUCAUCCACCCUCAUCCACCAUUCAACUCACUCCUCGAUUCGACAGCAUUACCAAGCAGCCCAUCAUCCUCUGGAAUGACAUCACGAAAGUCUUCAAGGGUGCUCUCUAUGUCCUCUGUCAGGGUGCUUCAAUUCCCUUCUUGGUCAACGACCAAUUCGAGGACCUAACACCGCUGAAGAUUGCACUCUACCCAGGACAAGUCCUGGAUGUGGUCCUCGAGAACCCGAACCCCCCUGGCUCCGCUCUCACCAUGGACGCUAUGCAACUACCAAUGUUCUCACCAGAGGCCAAGGCCGUCCUCACUCCUUCUCCUAAAGCACCACAGGACUAUAACAACUACGACACUGGCGAUAUCGAAGAGAAGGUCCAAGCAUUGUCGAUCGCGCCAUCUGCCAUGGGGCCACGCAACCCUCAGACUGUACCAGAGGGGAACACUGUGUACAACAACACCUUCAACAGCCCUCCAAGUUUCGGUGAAGCGAGCGAGAAAGUCAACAAUGGUCCACACAGCACAACCAGCACAACGGCAGAUGAUUAUUCCCACGCCACACCUCACCGCAAUCCACAGCAGCAGUACCCACAAACACAACAACUACAGCUGCAACAGCAACAGACGAUGGAGACAUAUAUGCCAUAUAUCCCGAAGACACAAAUCGAGCAACAUAUUCAACGACUCGCCAACAAGGUCCUGACAACACGGUGCCACGAGUCUGCAGGACCCAGCAUGUUUAUUGUCAUUCCUACAGCGACACGCUCUUGGGGAAAAUCUGUCCCUUCUAUGGACCGACUCCGUCUCUUUUGGCUCUGUGAAUGUACAGUCCACAGCAACCCACACCCACAACAGCACGGGCCAUCCUUGGCUUCGUUACGACCACACCUGUACCACCAUCCUGCACUGUACAUCAACACUGCGGACGAGUUUAUCGAAAAGUAUGGCGCCUACAUGAUGUUGAACCUCUGGAUGUUUACCCGUGAUCGCACUGGCAGGACCGACAGCAGUGGGCAUAGGAUCGACUACUCGGAAGGGCUGAAAGUCUUGCAGCAGGUACUGGGGCUCACCAAAGAACAAGUCGAGCUUCAUCUGGACACUAUGAUCUCUCGUCUGGAGUUGGUAAUCCCUUCCUCUACAUUCGAUAAGCAACAACAGAAACCCACGCCCCCAGAGCCGGCCUUGGAGGAGUAUGAGGACGAGGACGAUUGUCGAGUCAGUCUUAUCAGCCCAGACACCGUCAUACUGGACGCCGCUGGUCUGCAGGAACUCAGAAAGAUGAUCGCCCAACCCGACCUCAUGGGCUCCUUAGGCAAUAAUGGCACCAGCAUUUUUGUCACCAGUGACGAACAGGCAGCAUUGGCAGGGCACGAUUUGUACAAGUCUGUCGCCAAGGACUCGAUUGCCCAGUGGAUCUGUCAGUCACACUACUCGGAGCAUCAUCCAACUUUUGACCCCGAAGAGCUCAACGCAUCAGUGAUGAGGAUCGGUGAAUAUACGCCUCAGCCCAACCUUCUCGGAUGCCACCUCCAAUCCAGCUCCGACUUUGAGGCUCUGAUGAAGUCCAAGCUGGUCCAGUCUGGAUGUUUGAUCGAGCUGAUCCUUCAGUUCUCUGAGGCCUAUAUACCAACGCUUAAGGAUUGGAGGAUGUUCCGGGAAGCACUGCGAGGGAUCCGGUUGAUGCACCUUGUCCUUGUGGGACCUGGCCUUGAGGCGAUGACAACUGCGCAGGUGAAAUCGGUUUUCCGGACUCUUCUGGAUCUUCAGCUCGAGUCGCUCAGUGUCGGAAAUGCGCAGUUCUUGUUGAAGCAUGUUCAGGAACUGUGGAACACCAGCAAGGAGCAGACAUAUGGACUGCGUUAUCUCUGGUUGUCGGUUGAGGUACAGGCUACGGCGGAGGAUCGGGACGCGAUGACAAACGGGUUUAACAACUUGAUUCUCAACUCUCCGGACCUGCAGUCUGUCACUCUCGUAUGGAACGAUGGGGCGCCGUUCGGUCAAGGGGAGCUAUUGUUGUUGGCGCUGGCGUACAGGUCGUACAUCUUCCGCAAGUCGCUCAAGGUCGCAAUGGGAACCCAGGCCGAGAACUUUGAGGCGACGAUGGAUAUGGGCAAUUAUUACGGGUCCGAAAUGACGAGCACCCGACUCUUCGAGGCGAGUCAACACUUUUUGGCAUUAACUGGUCAAUUGCAGGUUUUGGCGAUCACGGAGCCGAUUUCCGGGUUGGGGAUGGUUCAGGUUCCGUUGGAUACGACGAAGAGACAGUGGGACCAUUGUGUGGAUCCGGAUGUGGUGUUGUUUAGGAUCCUAAGCAAGAAUAAGGAUAUGAAGCGGUUGAGUUUGGCGUGUGAGAUGGGGUAUUUUGAGGUCAUGGCAGGGAUUGUGGAUCAGAUCCGGAGAGAUGUUUUGAAGGGAGGUGGGGAGUGUGAGUUGAAGUCAUUGACGUUGGAGGAUAAGGCUCAGCAAGCCAAGAAGACUUUUACGUGGUAA